AUGCCCUUCCUUGACCUCUUCAUUUCACCGCUUGUGAGGCACCCGGGUCUGAUACUGGUUUUUUUUUAUUAUUAUUAUUUAGAAACGGCUGGUGGCCGAAAGCACUGCUGCUGUGGACAUGGCGGCCGCUGCACCUGUGCGUCCAAGCGAGACUCGAACCUCGAAACCGUGCCCGAGACCGGUCCCGUCGCAGCAGCAAGACGGUCUACUGUCUCUGGCGUCAAGAGACCGCAUAUUACCACCUCCAAGAAGCAAAAGGAAGCCAGCAAACGGGUCCACCCAUAUCCGCUGCCUCGCUCGCGAACCAUCCAUGGGACCGCUGACCUGGCUCAUCUGUCGAUGGACCACCUGAAUGAGGGAUACGGCACCCAGGGCGUCUCCGCGUACCCAGACCUGGUCACCAGUGCCCCUCGUCCGGUACGGAGAGUCAAGUCUGAGAACGGCUCCCCGGUCACAGAGGUGUCUGACAUGAAGGCACAGCUCUCCCUCGACAUCCCCUAUCAGCACUUCCCAGACCAGAUGGGCCUGUCAAUGCCCAUCUUGGACUACCCACAGCAGUCUCCCGGGCUAUACUACCCUUCAGAUAUCGAUUUUGGCUUUGAGGCGGCGAUCUCAAACGGGCCGUCCAUAGACUGGUCCACCUUUGAUCUGCCGUACGGCUCUGACGCAUACACCGCAACCUACAGCCAGCCAGCCUCCUAUGCCAGCUACGACUACAACACCACCACCUUCGGCCACCCUGGCCUGGCCCGCUCCUCAUCCGGAGACACCUCUGAUGCCGACGAGCUGCUGCCCAUCGUCGGCACCGGCUCCGAGGCCGGCAUGUAUCACCUGGGCAGCACGCCGCCCUCCCAGCUCGACCUGCCCGCCCAGUUCGCCAUGUCUCAGACCUACAAGCCUGCUGCCAUUGAGCCGGUCCUCCACGCAGCAAACGACGGCGUCGACGUCAACAACCAUCACCAGCAGCAGACACAGGCGCAGGCGCAGGCAUAUCCUGCCAACGGGAGCCACAGCAGUUUUGUCGAUGCCAGCAACGCCCCCAUGAUCAUCCCACCCGCCGCCUACACCUCUGCCGGGGCAAACGAGCCGCUCUGGGUUUCGGCUUCCUACCCUACCAUGAUGUCCCCGGUCUCCAUCUCCGUCCCCGAGCAACAACACCAACAACAACAGCAGCAGCAGCAACAACAACAACAACCACAGGCUCAAAUGUGGACUCGGUAA